UGGCCUUCUGUGCAGCCGUUCCUUGGCCUGAUGGGGAAGCAGGGGAGAGAGAGGGAGGGAGGCGUGCCGGAGGCUGGGAAGGAGUCUGAGAGCAAGGACCUGGCCCCUUCCUGGGGCCCCUCGAAGGUGUGCUAGGUGGAGCGCGUCAGAGGGGAACUUGCAGGCAAAGUUGAAGGCAGACCUGAGAAGUGGAGGCUGAACAGUGUUCUGCUGGUGAGAAGGGCUGUUUCCUGCGGCCAGAGCCCAAUGUCACCCUGAACUCAGCCCAAGGUGUCUUCCUGGGCCCCAGCAGGGGGAGAGGACCUGAAACUGAAGAUGGUCUCUGUCGAGGGGUUUUUGUAGAGACUGCCUGGUGGCCCCAGGGAACACUGAAACAGCUGGAGUGCUAGCGGCCACCGCAGAGGACAGGACGAGUGAUCCUUUUUGCCCUGGCUGCUCAGGGCCACGCUGACUCUGCUCUGCCUAGUGGCCUAGCGUUGCCAGAGCACCCAGCUGGCAUCUCUGAACCAGACUUGGGCUAAACCACCCAUGAUGGGCAAGGACCCACGAAGAAGGCAGGACCUCACUUGCUUAUCAGAGCCAACAGAGGACACCUCCCUCCUUAUCAUCUGCCACCAGCAUCCCCAGCCACUUUGGGGUUGGAGUCUGGGCAACUGCCUCAAGAUUCUUAACCAGAUCCCAGCAGUUAUUUUAUCUUGGGUCACCCAUAGAGUCACUGCUGUCCAUCCCUGCCCCUGGGAGAAGGUGGGAAGACACAUCCUCUGCCUUGUGCCCCGAAGCACAGGAUUUGAAAACAAGAGUCCCCUCUUCUGCUGCCCUUCUUAGAUGUUGUUCCCACACACACAACUCAGCCCAGGAGCGCUGGCCUUCCUGACACAGUCCCAGGUUCCCACUGGUUCCUGCUGUCAGACUCAACCGGAGGGAAGAUAGUUUCUCUCCUAGGCUGGAGGCCCGAGUCUUUAACUGAGAGCCAAAGCAACAAUUACAGAGGGCAGCAGAGAGAGUCCACGGGCUCAGGGGCUGAGAGGACGGCCAGGUGCCGCAUCUGAGCCAGAAUGAGUGGCCCAAGGGGCAGGACUGGGCAGCAGCCAUGUCUGAGGUCUUGGUACCAGAGGAGACAUCCGUCAAGUUCUAGUUCCCAGAGUGCAGGACUCAGCCCCAGGAGAGGGCUGAAGCAGAGUGUGUGCACCUGCCCGCUCCCCUCCCCUUUCUCACCACGCCCCUCCCUCCCACACAAACAGUCUGGUGGACCAAUUACAUUGCAAAUGGAGGCUGCAAGGAAGAAAACCCUCCAGACAUCCCCAACUUUUACAAAGUGCUGAGCCCCAGAGCCUACCCGUGCACGUGGGACGCAAAUCUUCACAAAAGAACUGAAAAUCCAGUUAAGAGCACUUGCAAAGGACGUUGCUCCCAUGGCAGCGCUUGUGCCAGCGGGCUGCUCUCAGUGGAAAAUGGUAGAGACUGCUCCCGCCCCAGGAGGGAGAGACAUCACCUCCAGGGCUAGAGGCCUGGGACCUCUAGAGCAGAUGGCAACCCAGAGGACAGGGAGACCCAAUGCAACUGGACACUGAGGAGGGUCGAUGGUGAUGGGGGAAGUAGGGGUACAGGUGACUUCCAUUUCUAUCUGGUUCACGUCUGGGGGGGCCCUGGCCGGGCAGCCCCCCCACAUUUCUCCUGCCCUGAAACACGGCUCUAGCCAACCUGCUCCGCUGCUUCACCUGCGACCGUCUGUGUGGGGGCUGCACGGCGCCAGCCCCUCCCGCCCGCCAGGGCAUCGUUCUCCAGCCAGUCAUGCCCAGCUGCGACCCGGGCCCGAGCCCUGCCUGCCUCCCCGCCAAGACGUUCCGCAGCUACCUGCCCCGCUGCCACCGCACCUACAGCUGCGUCCACUGCCGCGCACACCUGGCCAAACACGAUGAGCUUAUUUCCAAGUCCUUCCAAGGGAGCCAUGGCCGAGCCUACCUGUUUAACUCCGUGGUCAACGUGGGUUGUGGGCCAGCGGAACAGCGCCUCCUGCUCACGGGGCUCCACUCGGUAGCUGAUAUUUUCUGCGAGAGCUGCAAAACCACACUGGGCUGGAAAUAUGAACAAGCUUUUGAGACGAGCCAGAAGUACAAGGAAGGGAAGUACAUCAUUGAAAUGUCACACAUGGUGAAGGACAACGGCUGGGACUGAGGGGCUCAGGCAGGCUGUGCCGUUCCUCCGCAUGCCCCACCCUCCCCACACCUGUCCCCUGGCCCUGCCAAGCAGUCCAUACCAGCAUGAGUACUGCCCCACCCCUGGGGGGAACCCGGCUCCCACCAACCCCUCCCCCGCCUCCACCUCAUCACUCCCAGACCCCUUUGGAACAGGGGUCUGGGGUACCCCAGGGGUGUUGAAGGCUCAGGAGUGGGCAGCAGUCAGGGAGAGACAGACUUUGGGAAAGGGAUGGUUGUGGGUCCUUCUAGCCCUAAGUUCCUGAAAAUUGCAGGGAUGGCAGGGCACAGACUCAGGCAGAGAGGACCAUGGGAGGAAUCAGUGUUUGAACUAUGAGUGAACAGAGGAGAAACCUUGAGUUAUGGGGCUGGUAGAUCCCAGGCCACAGAAAAGCAGAUGAGAAAAGGCUCAAGUUGGAGUGAAAUUUUGGCCUCAGACACCAGAGUCCCUGAGGGUGAAGUUUCCCACCCCCAUUUGUAGGAAAAAGGAUUUGGGUCGGGGUGGGUGGAAGAAAAAAGUCCCAAAUCCCAGGCCCUGGGAAAUAAAAGAAUCACAGGGGUUUCCAUUUCACUCCACUUGUUAGUUUAUCUUGGCACUAAAGAGGCACUUUCGAGUAACUGACCUUUGCCAUUGGGUGGGGUGGGGAGAGCUGCCCCUGGGACAGACCCCACCCCCAGCUGGCAGUUUCCAGAAAAAGCAGUCUUUGUGGGCAUUCUCCGAGGCCCAGCCACUGCUCCCUGGUACCCAGUCCCUGGGAGGGAAGGUGGGAAAUUAGUACUAUGGGGCCAGGCUUCCUCAUGGCUGCCACCAGCGAACGAAACUUUUGUAUGAUACAUAAAGUGUUUGGGUCUAUUUUUAAUAAAAAGGGGAAAAGCAA